AGUAAUUCUAAUCAGUUUUGUGAGACAAAAAUGCCCCUCCAGUGGCCUGAUCCAUUAAAUCCUCUGUCCCACUUCAUCCAUUCUUCGCCUCUGUACCCACGAUAUCGGAGCGGUAUAUACUUGAGCAUAAUCAGUAAGCUACAAAAUUGAAAAACAAUACGAUGGAGUCCAUCGGAGAGACUGAGGUAUGCAACGUUCUUCGAACUGAUGGAGGCGUCUUGAAAGACCUAAUAGGCAGCUUCAUCAACGUUGAACCCUCGGCUCUCAAACCCGACUCGUCACUCGAGGAACUUGGCCUAGACUCUAUUGCAGCUGUCCAACUAGCAAAUGCACUGCUCCUACAAGUUCAACUGCAAGUCCAUCCAGAUGAACUAUUUAAAGCCUCGCUCAAUACGCUUGCGGGGCAUGCUCAGCAAUUCCACCGGGCGUCGACAAAAGCUCAGUCAGCAGGCCGAAACAACUCCCGAAGUGCUACCGAUGUUACAGUUGAAGCAGCAGCUGCAGCACAAGAGCGCCUCGUUACUAGGCCUUCUCUUGAUCUUUCAUACGAUCCACUCGAGAUUCUGGCGCAAUCAAACUCUAUAUAUGAGGCGGCUUCUCGUAGAAGUGGCUUCGCAGACUACUGGAGUACUGUAUCGCCCCUCCAGCAAGAUCUCCUCCUCUCCUACAUCAAUGAAGCCUUCAUUACCCUCGGUGUUAACUUAUCAGAGCACCCCCAGGGUGUAGAAAUGCCUAUAAUCCCCCACAUUCCGAAGCAUGAACGUCUAGUCAAGCGCCUGUUUGAUGUCCUAGAAACACGCUAUAUCGUCAGGCAGUGCAGAGGCAAGGUCUUGCGGGGAAGUGAUUGCAUUGAUGUGUAUACCUCCGCGCACCUAUGCGAGCAGCUUCGGGUCCAACAUCCUUCAUUUGAAUGUGAAGCUAAGCUCUUGAAUCUGAUCGGGCCUCGACUCGCUGAGUGCUUAAGUGGCAAAGUCGACCCAUUGUCGGUUCUAUUUGGCAGCACCGAAUCAAGACAGGUUAUGGACAACUUCUAUCGCAACGCCCCGAUGAUGGCAGCUCAUACAGAACAGCUGGUAUCGUUCUUUCUCAGUCUCAUAGAGGCAAUGGCUACGACAUUUCAAACGCCGAUUCGCGUUUUGGAAAUAGGCGCUGGGACUGGCGGUACCACUUCGCCCCUCGUUGCUGCUCUUGCAAAUAUCAAGUUUCAGGUAAACUACACUUUUACAGAUAUUGGGGCUUCUUUCGUUCACAAGGCUAAAGCCCGAUGGGAGGAGACUGAAUGGAUGAACUUUGCAGUUCUGGACAUUGAAGCAGAGUUGCCGGAAUACUUCCGCGGACAAUUUGACAUCGUCGUUGGCACUAACGUUGUUCAUGCUACAAGAAAUCGCACAGCAACUUGUCGUCGCUUGCGUGAUGCAUUGCGACCUGGAGGUAUCUUGGCUCUCUCAGAACUAACUCGUCCGAUCGAUUGGUAUGAUAUAUGCUUUGGACUGCUUGAUGGCUGGUGGUUAGCAGACGAAGGCUAUGCCAUCCAACCUGCAACAGUCUGGAUGGACGCAUUUGAGAAGGCUGGCUUCAAAGCCAUGGGGCACUCUAGUGGCAAUUCUGAUGAAGCAAACACUCAGCAGUUACUGAUAGCUUGUACCAAAGACUGAUUGGUUCACUUCUUACUUACAUAAGUAGGUAAUAUCUCAUGCAUCAUCAAUAGCACCUGGUGGUUUUAGACCCUGGCGUAUGGCCUGAUUGAAAUCCUUGGAAGAGAGGGCUGCAGCGGAUCGGAGAAUUCGUACAUCUAGGCCUGCAGUGAGUGACGGUUACAUGGAUAGCGCUCAUACAGGAUAGCUUAUAUCGGGAAUACACUUGAGUCCCUAUCAGGACCGCCAGA